GCCUGUGGCUCUUUUCCUGCUGUACUGCUUCACUGACAAAGUAGAUAAGGUACACAUUAAGAUUGUAUAAAAUGUGUGAUGUUGUUCACAUAAAAUGUUGCACCAAAUAGCAUUAACAUCAAAACAAAAUAUGACAUUAAAAGUGACUGUGAGCAUGUUCCAGUUUGUUUUAAGUUUUGUGCGCCCUGUGGAAAAGUAUGGAGUGUGAAGUCUCUUUUAGAGGACUGAUGAUCUGGAUUUGUUGAUCCCCAAGAGUCUGUAUCUGGAUCAGGAUGAUCAAAUCCAUGAUUGAUCUAAAAAAGGGAUUAAAAAUGAGCUGGAUCACAUGACCCGACAUAGAAAGAACCAAAUCUGGAUCAUUCUUAUCCACAUUAAAUCUUUUAAACCAACAGGCCCUCCAGAUAAGACAAAGAUACAACAACAGCUUGAGGGCCAUGUUGCUCGUUUGUUAGAGCAUGUACCAUUUAAAGCAUGAGUCCUUAUCUCAGUGGACCAGGUUCAGUUCUAACCUGGGUCCUUUAGUGGGUGACGUUCUCUCGCUUCCUCAUCUUAACUGUCCAUCUUUAGUUGAUGCUACCAAAAAAGGGUAAAAAAUGUAAAAAAAAAAAACAGAGGAGGAGUCAAACACUAACUUCCUCAUUCUCACUACAAGAAGAAAGGAAUAAAUCUUUUGUGGUUUUUGUGUUUUAGCAGCGAGGUGACUGGUUUGUUGCAGUUCUGCUGAAAUUUAAAAAUCGUCUUUUUUCUACAUUUUCUCUGUUUAAGCUCCUGGAGGUUUGUUUGGUGAUGGGUGUUACUGCAGUCCUGUCAGUGAACAUGGUAACAGCCAUCAUGUUACUGACUGUCUUCUCUCUUUCAGAAGCGUGGGAUGAAUGUCGGACUUAUUGGUCAGCGCUCUUCAUCACUACACCAAAGAAGAUGGAAGCACUGAGUGGAACUUGUCUGAAAAUCCCAUGUAGCUUUAGUGUUAAAGAAGAAAAAGAGUUUGACAACACAACAGAAACAUUUGGAAUAUGGUAUAAAGAAGACAGAGACCUACAUCCAAAGAAUGUGGUUUUUAACAGUAGUGGCACAGUGAACAAAUUUCAAAUGAACAUAACUGGAAACUUGAGAAUGAAAAACUGCACCACUCUGAUUUACAACAUGAAGACGACAUAUGAAGGCGUAUACUACUUCAGAAUCGAGAACUGGCCUUUCAUGGCAAAUGCUCGUUGUGAUCCUCUUCAAAUAAAAGUCAAAGAUUCUCCUCCGAGCCCCAAACUAAUCAUCUCAGGAGAUCUGAAGGAGAAGGAGUCUGUCACUAUAACCUGCUCAGCUUCCACUCCCUGUCCACUCUCCCCUCCUAAACUCACCUGGAAUCUCAAACAAGACUCUCUCAACAACAUGGAGGAAAACCCAGAUAAAACCUUCAUGACUAAAAUCCAGGAGCAGAUCACUCUGACGGACAAACAUGAUGGAUACAACAUCACCUGUUCUGCCACAUAUCCUGUGAAUGAAGGAAAAGAAGUCAAGACAGCAGAGGAGAAAAAGACUCUCAGAGUUUCAUAUUCUCCUAAAAACACCUCAGCGUCCAUCAGUCCAUCAGGUUUGGUGUCAGCAGGUAUUCAUGUGAACCUGACCUGCUCCAGCAGAGCCAAUCCUCCUGUCAGCAGCUUCACCUGGUUCAAGAUCAGCAGAGAUGGACCCAUGAUCGUAUCUGAAGGAGAGUUUUACAGCUUUAAUGCCACAGAGGGAGGAGUUUAUUACUGUGUGGCCAGGAAUGAUCUCAGUAAUCAGACAUCACCACAGAUCCAUCUGAGUGUUGCAGAAAAUCUGAUUUCCGAUCUGUUUGGGGUUGAUGUCCACAUUACAUUGAAGAUCCUGGGAAUCGUGCUGCUCUGCAGUUCAGUCAUCAUCUUUGAGUGCUGGUUAAAGUCAAGAUGCUUCAACAAACAGGUGAAGGUGAUGGGUGUUACUGCAGUCCUGUCAGUGAACAUGGUAACAGCCAUCAUGUUACUGACUGUCUUCUCUCUUUCAGAAAAUCUGAUUUCCGAUCUAUUUGGGGUUGAUGUCCACAUUACAUUGAAGAUCCUGGGAAUCGUGCUGCUCUACAAUUCAGUCAUCAUCUUUGAGUGCUGGUUAAAGUCAAGAUGCUUCAACAAACAGGUGAAGGUGAUGGGUGUUACUGCAGUCCUGUCAGUGAACAUGGUAACAGCCAUCAUGUUACUGACUGUCUUCUCUCUUUCAGAAGCGUCGGAUGAAUGUCGGACUUAUUGGUCAGCGCUCUUCAUCACUACACCAAAGAAGAUGGAAGCACUGAGUGGAACUUGUCUGAAAAUCCCAUGUAGCUUUAGUGUUAAAGAAGAAAAAGAGUUUGACAACACAAGAGAAACAUUUGGAAUAUGGUAUAAAGAAGACAAAGAGACCAUACCAAAGAAUGUGGUUUUUAACAGUAGUGGCACAGUGAACAAAUUUCAAAUGAAGAUAACUGGAAACUUGAGAAUGAAAAACUGCACCACUCUGAUUUACAACAUGAAGACGACAUAUGAAGGCGUAUACUACUUCAGAAUCAUGAACUGGCCUUUCAUGGCAAAUGCUCGUUGUGAUCCUCUUCAAAUAAAAGUCAAAGAUUCUCCUCCGAGCCCCAAACUAAUCAUCUCAGGAGAUCUGAAGGAGAAGGAGUCUGUCACUAUAACCUGCUCAGCUUCCACUCCCUGUCCACUCUCCCCUCCUAAACUCACCUGGAAUCUCAAACAAGACUCUCUCAACAACAUGGAGGAAAACCCAGCUAAAACCUUCACGACUAAAAUCCAGGAGCAGAUCACUCUGACGGACAAACAUGAUGGAUACAACAUCACCUGUUCUGCCACAUAUCCUGUGAAUGAAGGAAAAGAAGUCAAGACAGCAGAGGAGACACAGACUCUCAGAGUUUCAUAUUCUCCUAAAAACACCUCAGCGUCCAUCAGUCCAUCAGGUUUGGUGUCAGCAGGUAUUCAUGUGAACCUGACCUGCUCCAGCAGAGCCAAUCCUCCUGUCAGCAGCUUCACCUGGUUCAAGAUCAGCAGAGAUGGACCCAUGAUCGUAUCUGAAGGAGAGUUUUACAGCUUUAAUGCCACAGAGGGAGGAGUUUAUUACUGUGUGGCCAUUAAUGAUCUCAGUAAUCAGACAUCACCACAGAUCCAUCUGAGUGUUGCAGAAAAUCUGAUUUCCGAUCUGUUUGGGGUUGAUGUCCACAUUACAUUGAAGAUCCUGGGAAUCGUGCUGCUCUGCAGUUCAGUCAUCAUCUUUGAGUGCUGGUUAAAGUCAAGAUGCUUCAACAAACAGGUGAAGGACGCAGAAGAAGCAGACUAUGUCAACAGAGUGGUUAUGAUUCAAGCUUCAUGAAGGAGAAGAGGAUGACUUCAUGUUCAUCUUAAAUGCAAUAUCUCUAUUUCUCUUUUCUGUAUUAAAUGUUUUUUCUUUGCAGCAGGUUAGUGAUGAACAAAGGAUGGGAUACGACAGGAAGGAUGUUUUUGUUCAAAGGCAGAUAACAUAAAAAUACUGUAAUGUACUGCAGCCAAAUCAUUACACUGUGAAGCACUGUGCUGGUCUAUGGUAUUGUUGUUGUAAUUAUUUUUUAUAUUAGCUUCUUUUUUAAUAAUACAUUUCAUUUCAACGCACUCCAUGUCAAUUUACAAAGCAGAGAUAAAAACAACAGAGUAACAAUACAUCCAUCAAAUUAACAUUAAAAAGACAAAUUUACAGAGUAUGAAAUCUUUGUGAGAUAGGAUAGAAAAUGCCGGUUUUGAGAUGAGAUUUAAAAAUAGA